GUCCCGCAGCACAGCACUGGCCAGAUUUUCAUUGCUGCCGGCGGGGCAAUUAGUAAGCCAAAUAGGAUUGUGGCAGGUAGUUGUGUGUGCACAUAGACCAAGAGGGAUUUUAAAAGUUAGUUUAAAAGGAUUAUAAACAUAACAUUUCUAUUUUUUUGGACGAGUUUUUCUUCACGCAGUUAGAUCGAAAAUAAAAUGGCAGACGCCGAGCACAACGAGACCCCAGAGGGAGGGGAGGAGCCCGAUCAAACGCCAGACAAGAAUGAGGGGGAGGUAGCUGAGACAACGGACCUAGCUAAUGAAGACACACCGGGCGAUGAUGAGCCGAAAGAUAACGAGGCUAACGACCCAGCUGAAGCAGGUGAUGAGCCAGCGACGGGCGCCGAUGACGAUGAGGGUGCCAAACAUAAGGAGAGUGCUGAUGCACCAGAAGAGGGCGCUCAGCCAGAGGGUGGUGACGAAAAGGAGGAGGGUGGAGAUGUGGAGGCAGGAGCGGAUGGAACAGAGGCAGAUGAGAACCCGACAGAAGAGCAGCCGGAGGACGAUGCCGGAAAGAACGAUGAGCCGGCAGAAAACGAUGCCGGAGAACCGGAAGAUGCGGAAGAUAAGAAGGUGGACGACGUUGUAGAGGUCGAGGCAGAUGUGACGAAAGAGGAAACAAGCCCAGCAGAUGAAGACGAUAAGGAAAAGACGACAGAGGAAGCUGACGAGGAAAACACAGAAAGUAAAAAUAUAAUUUAA